AAAAAUAGUUUGAAAAAAUUAUAAUUAAAAAUAGAAAAAAAAAAAAAAGACUAGAGAGAUGUUACUAUGUUAGUACAAAAAUGUAGUAGCGUAGUGAUAAUUAUAGCAGCAUGAUAGUGGUAUGUCCCUCAGGUGGGUGAUGAGAGCACUACUCGUAAUUAAAUCUCUCGUUUCCCUCUCUCUCUCUCUCUAAACUAUAACCGCCAUGCCUCUCUUAUUCUUCUUCUUCUUCUUCUUUGUUACUCCCACUCUCUCACUCAACCAAGAAGGCCUGCUCCUUCUAGAAGCCAAGAACCAACUACUUCCAUCAUCCUCCUCCUCCCUCGCCGACUGGAACCCCCGCGACCCCACCCCAUGCAACUGGACCUGCGUCACAUGCAACCCCAAUACCUCCCACGUCAUCUCCCUCUCCCUCUCCUCUCUCUCCCUCUCCGGCCCUAUUCCCUCGUCCCUCUGCCGCCUACCCUCCUCCCUUCUCCACCUCGACCUCUCCUUCAACAACUUUUCCGCUUCUAUUCCCCCUUCCUUCUCUCUCUUCCCCAACCUCCGAUCCCUCAACCUCGUCGAAAACCUCCUCAACGGAACCAUCCCUUCGUUUCUCACCAACCUCACCACCUUAACCUUCCUCCACUUGUCCUACAACCCUUUUCUUCCUGCUCCGUUACCGAGUGAGUUCGGCAACAUGACCAACCUCCAGGACUUGUCUCUUUCCGGCUGCAACCUCCUCGGUCCAAUUCCCGCUUCAUUGGGGAAGCUAUCCAACCUUCGAAACCUUGAACUAACCUAUAACAGCCUCCAGGGUGCCAUACCGGAGUCUCUCAUCUCCGGCCUCACCAGCAUCGUGUUUCUCGAGCUCUAUGAAAACUCGCUCUCUGGUUCAUUGCCACGUGGCGCUGUGUGGAACAACCUCACCCAUUUGGAAGGCUUCGACGCCUCCGGGAACGACUUGACAGGGACGAUUCCCUCCGAGUUGACUCGGUUGAAGAAACUCGGUUCUCUCAACUUGUUCAAUAACAACCUCGAAGGCUCUCUGCCGGAGAGUAUCGUCGAGGCCGAGAGCUUGUACGAGCUUAAACUGUUCAACAACUCGCUCAAUGGGUCGUUGCCGAGUCAACUCGGGAGCAACUCGCCCCUGCAGACACUCGACCUCUCGUACAACAACUUCUCCGGCGAGAUUCCGGCGGGAUUGUGCCGCCGGGGAGCGAUGCAGGAGAUCAUGCUAAUUUACAACUCGUUCUCCGGCAGAAUCCCCGAGAGUCUGGGGGAUUGCAGGAGCUUGAUGAGGGUUCGAAUAAGGAACAAUAACAUUUCGGGAACUGUUCCCGAUGCUAUGUGGGGACUGCCACACCUUUUUCUUCUGGAGCUUGAUGAUAAUUCCCUUACUGGGUCGAUUUCUACUUCUAUUUCUGGCGCAAGCAACAUGUCAAGUUUGUCGCUUUCCUUCAACAUGUUCUCAGGGUCUGUUCCCCAGGAAAUUGGGAAUUUGGACAACCUUGUUCAGUUUGUCGCCAGCCAUAAUAGGCUAUCUGGUCGGAUUCCGACGAGUGUUGUGAAAUUGAGUCAGUUGGGGAAGCUUGUGAUUAGUGAUAAUGAGCUUUCGGGUGAGAUACCUUUGGGGAUUAGUGCUUUGGAAAAGCUUAAUGAUCUUGAUUUGUCCAAUAAUAAGCUUGAUGGUAACAUUCCAAGUGAAUUAGGAACCUUGCCGGUGCUUAAUUAUCUUGAUCUUUCAGGGAAUCUUUUCUCCGGUAGGAUCCCAAUUGAGCUGCAGAAUUUGAAUCUUAAUUUGCUGAAUUUGUCGAAUAAUCAGCUUUCAGGGGAGAUCCCUAAAGAAUUCGACAAUGAGAAUUACAAGAAGAGUUUUCUUGGAAAUCCAGGGCUGUGUAGUUCUUCUUCAGUCUCUGGGCUCUGUCAAAAUUUAGGUGAGAAGAAGAAGAACAAGAUAAAGUAUGAUUGGGUUUUCAGGUUCAUAUUUGUGCUUGCUGGAAUUGUGUUUGUUGUUGGGGUAACAUGGUUUUGGUUCAAAUUUAGGAGCAUUAAGAAGAUAAAGAAGAAAGUGAUGCCUAACAUGUUAAAAUGGAGAUCUUUUCACAAACUUGGAUUCAGUGAGUAUGAGGUUGUGAAGUUGCUGAGUGAAGACAAUGUCAUAGGUAGUGGAGCAUCCGGGAAAGUUUACAAGGUUGUCCUGAGCAAUGGUGAAGCUGUGGCAGUGAAGAAAUUAUGGGGACCAAAAAACAGGACUACUGUUUCUGAAAAAGAUGGUUUUUUUGAAGCUGAGGUGGAAACAUUGGGAAAAAUCAGGCACAAGAAUAUUGUGAGGCUAUGGUGUUGUUGUAACAGUGGUGAUAGCAAGCUCUUAGUUUAUGAGUACAUGCCUAAUGGAAGCCUUGCUGAUUUGCUUCACAGUAGCAAGAGAAGCUUGUUGGAUUGGCCAAUUAGGUACAGAAUUGCCAUUGAUGCUGCUGAGGGGCUUUCUUAUUUGCAUCACUAUUGUGUUCCUCCUAUUGUUCAUAGGGAUGUCAAAUCCCACAAUAUAUUGCUUGAUGAAGACUUUGGAGCAAAAGUUGCAGAUUUUGGUGUGGCCAGAACUUUUAGCAGGGUUACCCAAGGUGCAGAAUCUAUGUCUGCAAUUGCCGGAUCUUAUGGUUACAUAGCACCAGAAUAUGCUUACACUCUAAGAGUGAAUGAGAAGAGUGACAUCUAUAGUUUUGGAGUGGUAAUUUUAGAAUUGGUAAGUGGGAGAGCUCCACUUGAUCCAGCAUAUGGUGACAAAGAUUUGGUGAAAUGGGUUUCUUCCACAUUGGAGCAGAGUGGAGAGGAUCAAGUGAUUGAUCCAAUUAUGGAUGUUAAGUACAAGGGAGAAAUCAUCAAGGUACUAAACAUAGGGCUCCUUUGCACAAACCCUCUUCCCAUAAACCGGCCUUCAAUGCGCAAGGUGGUGACAAUGCUGCAUGAAAUAUCUGCAAUUCCCAGAACAACAAGUGGAAAAUUGUCCCCUUAUUAUCAAGAAGAGGCAUCUGAUAAUGAAAAUCAUCAUGGAAACACGGUUUGAUCCAGUUAUCCAUAUAUUUUAAGUAUCAUGUUUAGGGUGUAUUUAGAUUUAGGUAAAAAAUUGUGUUUAGAUACAUCAUCUAAAACAUGAUAUUUAAAAUUAGACAGAGUAUUUGAAACAUCUAUUGUAAGAAAUGGUAAGAGAUAGCAUAACUAGGUUCAAUUUUCAUCACUAUCACGUUUUUACAUAUAAAAAAGUUACUACAUGUAACAGCAACUGUAAGAAAUAUUAAGAGAGAGAAAUGCCAAUUUUAACUUUGCCAUUUUUCUCAAUUCUCAUGAACUGGAUAUUGUAUAAUUGAAAUUGCUAUCAUAGUUGGAACUAAAGUAAUAUUCUUGGAUGAAAUUUUUAAUGGCAAGUGUUAGUCCCGGAUUUGUUGUCCA